CAGAAUGUAAACAAUGAGUAACUAAAUUCUAAAUAAAGCGCAAUAAUUCUCAACGUGAUAAAAGUGAACGUUGCAGUAGUGACCUCAUCUCGACACCAAACGCAGAACAACAGAUUUUUAGAAACAAAAACUGAAUAAAAAGACCAUGUCGAAAACGGAAAAGGGGGACUCCCCGAAAAAACACAAGCUUCAGAAUGAAUGGACGCUUUGGUUUGUGGAGAACGAUCCCGAAAGGUCGUGGGAGGAUAUGUUAAGGAAGAUCGACACCUUCGGCACCGUCGAGGACUUUUGGAACCUAUAUUUCCGCAUCGACCCGCCCUCGAAGCUCAAAAAGGGCUGUGAUUAUAUGGUCUUCAAGAAAAACAUACCGCCCAUGUGGGAGGACCCGGCGAAUAGGCAGGGCGGUCGCUGGGCGGUCUAUAUUCAAAAGGGCCAUAAAACCGAUCUGGACAUCAUUUGGCUUGAUGUUCUCCUGUGCCUAAUUGGCGAGGUUUGCGAAAAUUACGAUCACAUCUGUGGAGCUUUCGUUAGGAUUCGCAAGAAGAUCGAUAAGAUUUCCAUCUGGACCAAGGACGACAAAGAUGCGGAGGCCAUCCAAGAGAUUGGUCGCAAGCUACGAGAAGUCGUGCGCUUUAAAAGCAGCCACAUUCUGCAGUACCAGGCGCACAUAAAAGAACAGCAUAUUUUAAAGAUUAAUUGAUUCUAUUCGCAAAAUGUAUAUUUUUGUGAUCCCUGUUAAAUCUUCUCUAUAUAUGUAUGUAUCUCAAAAGGAUAUAUAGACAUACAUAUAGAACUACUAAUUUUAAAAAAGUAAAUUAUAUAUCUUAUGUAUAUACGAAAAUUUAUAUAUGUAAAGAUGUGACAAUUUAUAUUGUGAAAUUCAUAACUUACUCUCAAUCGUAAGCUCUCUAUCAGUUUUGAUACCUUAAUAUUUUCAAAUGGAACUAACAACACAAAAGCCGAAUAAUCUUUAUUCGUUUUAAAUGCCCAUUCAAAUUGUCCAAUUUUUGUAGAUGCCACCUACAAGGCUGUUUUUCUGUUUUGCAAUACGGAAUGUGAAUUUAAAACAGGCUUAAUUGGUAAUUAUUUUUGUAUUGUUUGUUUUAAAUUUGCGAUUGCCACAUUGCACAGGCUGCGGAAAUUAUCUUGGUGGUCUCAGAAACCAAGAUUUAAUAAUCGCAUUUGUAUGCCAGAGAUGAAAUCAAUUUUUUUUUGUUUAAAUGGCUGAUGGAAUCGAACAAAAUAUUAGACCUCCCGAAUUGCUCAAA